UGAGGGGGGCAGGGCGGCGCAUGAAUUCACCACUGUCGAUGCAAAAUUUUUGGUUCAAGAGUGGCCGACAAUGCAUCUGCACUGGAAGAACCAGUAACGGAUGCCGACGUCAUGAAUGCUGAAGAGUCUGCUGCCGAGAAUAGCUCGGAAGUGCAGUUGCUCAAGGAGUUGCUUCUGCAGCAAACACGACGAUCAGAGACUUUGGGGCGGCAGGCAGCGGCGCGCGACUGGGAGCGAUGGGAGCUCCUGCAGCAGCUGCGACAGAAAGAUGAGCAGCUGGAGUUCGAAGAGAUCGCUGCCACAAAACAACGAGUUGUUUUGAGCACGGUGCGCGCCACGGCGCGGCAUUACCGGGCAGUGUGCUGUUUGCGCGCCUGGAGGAGCCAUGUGCAGCAGCUGUGCGCGGAGCGAGCCCUGCUCCGCGCCAAGAACCGGCUGGCAUUGGGCCGGCGGCGGCAUGCCAGCAGCCUCAUCCAUUCGGUGUUGAAACGCGUGCUGGAACGGCAUCUGACAUCGGGGCUUCAUGCGCUGGGCGUUCACCGAGCGAGCUUCGUCUCGCCCGAGAUUGAGAAGAGGAGAGUCCCAGAGCCGGGCUUCUCCACGCCUCCGAAGAGCAGUCACCCAAGUCGAGUCCACUGGGACCCCAGUCCGAUCCCGCGGAUGCCGGGCCGAGCGGCGUAUCCCAGCGAGGUGUCCACCGAGAUCCCCAGCGAGGCCGCAUUAGACUCCGAGCGUGCGGAUUUGGAGUCCUCCCUCGAGACGGUGCGGCUCACGCAGGAGGCUGCAGCUCAAGCGCCCAACAAAGUGAGGAGAUCUCUCCUGGAGGCAUGGGGUCGCGACCGCGGGAAGUGGGCCCAGGAGCGUGCGGCCUUGAGUGCUGCAGCUGAUGAGGCCAGGGAAGAAGCGAGGAUGGCACGUUGGGCCAACGCAGAGGCUGAGGCAAACUAUGCAGAAGCAGCGGAGGUUGCCAGAGCAGAGCUGCGAGGAGAGGAACAUUUGUGUGAAGAACGAGUCAAACGAGUCAAGUCUCGCGAUGUCUGGACGAGUCUGGCGAUGCUGGACGACGAAGUCGGACUGACGGAGAUGCGACCCUUCGAGGAGCAAGGCAUGCAGCUUGCAGCCCAGUUAAGGGAACGAAUCCACCAGGCCGAAUCUUUGGAGGAAGCCUUGGAGCUGAAAUUGGAAGGAGCAAAGGCCACUCCUGACGGAGCACCUUCUUCCAGUCAGCUCCAAGAGCUGGACUCCUAUGCUGCGCUGGUGGACCGGCUUCGCAGCGAAGUGGCGCACGAGCGCUCAGAGCGCGAGGCCUCCGCAAGCAGUUUAGCCACCCUACGCAAUUCGUAUCGAUUGCUUCUACAGCGCACGUCCAAUGACUGCCUGAGGGAAGGAAGCAGAGCCUGCAGAGGGGCAUGGGCGCGGUGAGGCCGAGGGCUUUCCAUUCGCAGCAAGUGACCCUGGACUACCAGUGGCGUUCUCAAGCGGCAUGAUGGUAUACUCAAUCUCAACUACUAGUGUGGCCAUGUAUGACUUGGCCAUUGACAUCAUCCAAAAAUGAAUGGCCAAUGAUUCUGGCCAAACAAAGGAUUUGGAUGCACGUGCAACGACAUAUUGCAUCCUGCUAAUGAUAUAUCUCCAAUUUGCUUCAAUUGUU